AUGAUAUCCGAUUUUCCAUUUCGAUCAAUUCCUCGAGCUGUGGAUUCAAAAAUACUGCAAAGAAAGUAUGAUGAGAGCAAUACAAAGACAGCCGGAUCGACACCAAUAUCAGAUCAUCGAAAUCGCUCGAAAAAUGAGACCCGAUCAACACAACAACACCAGCCAAAUAUUGAUGUGAUUAUGAAGCAUGCGGAUAAAGGAUUUGUGGAUGAUCAAUCACAAGUAACAUCGACAGACAGAGCGAAAUUGGCAGCUUUUGGUGUUCCACUUCCAAAUGAAAUCGCGACUCUUUAUAACAAGUAAGAACUCUUGAAUAUUUAUUAGUGUUCACAUUCUCAAAAUUUUUAGAUAUCAUAUAAUCGAGGUCGCUGCUUCCGACGAGGAAAUCAGGAAUAUUGAUGUCACUCCAAUUUCUGUUCGAGUAAGAAGUAAAACAACACGACUGGAGUAUACAGCAAGAAUGCAAGGCAGAAUGAAAUGUGUGGCGAAUGCGAAGAUACUUGAUCUCAAUGUUUGUUUAUUUUCUUGAAGUUUUCUAUUAUCAUCCCUAAACUUGAAUUUAUUACAGAGAGAGCGCAAGUUUCUCGCUUCCAUAUCAACAUCACAAUCAAAGAAAGAGAACUCACUAAUAGCUCGAUUGUUUGAUUCAGGAUUCGAUUCUGAUUUUCGAUACAUCAUUGUUGAGGAUUGCGGAAGAGAUCUAAAAACUCUCCACCAUCAUUAUAAAUAUUUUGAGUCAGUUUCCCGCCAAGUAUCAAUUUCUAAUCACCAUUUAAUUUUUUUGCAGACCUCCAACUAUAUUUCUCAUCACAUAUUACUCAUUUCAAGCAAUCAAAGAGCUUCACAGUUAUGAUUAUUUCCAUAUGGAUCUUCGGCUUUCCUCAUUUUCAGUUUCGCCAACAUUUCAUUUGAAAAUCGUUGAAUUUUUUCGAGUAACAUCUUCGAAAUCAACCUGCAAAGUUUCUCAUAAUUUUCGACUUGAUCGAUUUGUAUCUCGAAAAUAUCAUAAAAAAGGUUCGAUAUUUGAUGAAUUCGAUGAUUAUGAAAAUUGGCUUUUUUUGGUGAGUUUGAUAAUUUUCCAAAUUAAAAAUAUACUGGUUUUUGAUUUCCAGAUAAUGUUCAUAUCCUGUGAAUCAAAAUUGCCAUGGAAAAACAAUGCUAAGAACGGAUUCCUGGAAUCAAAGGAAGCAUUUUUCAAAUGCCACGGUUAGUGUUUAGAAGUAUUUUUUUAAAUUGAAAAUCAUAUUUGUUUCAGAUGAUUACAAUUGGUGUGGUUCAACAGAUUCCCUAAUAUUGAUACCAUAUUUGAUGGAAAAGAAGAAAAAUAUCUCGGAAUUUAUUGAAGCUGUCGAUGAAUUAUUUUCAAUUGAUGUGAUGGGUUUCGAUGAAACAACACUACCUGAUUGGGGACAUUCGAUGAAUGAAGUGGCUCUGAAGCUGAAAAAAGCUCGAAAAGCAUUGUCGAAAGGAAGUUAUGAAGAGACACAUUCAGGAGAAGAAAAAAGAAGAAAAAGAGCUGUAUCAAAGGAUAAAAAGAAAAAGAAGAAACAUGAUAAUAAUCGUGGAAAUAGUAGUAAUAUCAAAUCAAAUUCGAAUCGAUCAUGUUAA